GCGGCGCGGCCACGUGCGCGUGGAGCGAUGGCGCGAGCGCUGCGCGCGCUGCGCGGGGCGGCGGGAGCGGGGUCUGGGCCCGGGCCCGAACGGGGGCCGCGAGUGCGGUUCGGGCCCAGCCCCACAGGUUUUCUGCAUUUGGGUGGCCUUCGGACUGCUUUGUACAAUUAUAUCUUUGCCAAAAAACACCAAGGGACCUUUAUUUUGAGAGUGGAGGAUACAGAUCAGAAUCGGGUGGUGCCCGGAGCUGCAGAAGGAAUAGAAGAUAUGUUGGACUGGGCAGGUAUCCCCCCCGACGAGAGCCCGUGCCGAGGCGGCCCCCGCGGUCCGUACGUGCAGUCGCUGCGGCUGGAGCUGUACCGAGGUGCCAGCGCGGCGCUGCUGGAGAGCGGGGCUGCCUAUCGCUGCUUCUGCACCCCCCAGCGCCUGGAGCUGCUCCGCAGGGAGGCCCUGCGCUGCCAGCACACCCCGCGAUAUGACAACCGGUGUCGGCACCUGACGCCCGUGGAAGUGGCCCAGAAGCUGUCACAGGGCCUCGACUACGUUGUCCGCUUCCGGCUGGAGAAGGGCGUGGAACCCUUCCAGGACCUGGUCUAUGGCUGGAACAAGCACGAGGUGGCUGAGGUGGAAGGCGACCCCGUGAUUCUCAAGGGGGACGGGUUCCCCACGUACCACCUGGCAAACGUGGUGGAUGACCACUACAUGGGCAUCACCCACGUGCUGCGCGGGACCGAGUGGCUGACCUCGACCUCCAAGCACCUGCUUCUCUACAAAGCCUUUGGCUGGGAGCCCCCUCAGUUUGGGCACCUCCCGCUGCUGCUGAACAAGGACGGUGGGAAGUUGUCCAAGAGGCAAGGGGACAUCUUCCUGGAGCGCUUUGUUCGGGAUGGCUUCCUGCCGGAGGCACUGCUGGACAUCGUCACCAACUGCGGCUCGGGGUUCACAGAGAAGCAGAUGGGGAGGACUUUGGAAGAGCUGAUCUCACAGUUUGAAAUAGGCAGAAUUACCACCCAUUCUGCCCUCCUGGAUCUUGAAAUGCUCCCAGAAUUCAACAGGAUUCACCUCACCCGUCACAUCGAGAACGAAAGGCUGCGCCAGAGGCUCGUUAGGGAGCUGCAGGAGCUGGUGAAGCACAUCUAUGGGGAUCAGCAAGUGGAUCCAGAGGUUCUGGAAAAGGAAUACGUGGAGCGAGUCCUUCUGCUGAGAAAAGGUCACAUCAGCCUCCUGAAGAAUCUGGUGUCGAGUGAUUACUCUUACCUGUGGGUCAGGCCUUCGGUGUCCCGACAGCAGCUGCAAAUGAUUUCUGCAGAAGUAGAUGAAAUAGGAAAACUAGUCUUAGGGCUCGUGACAAGGCAGGCAGCUGCCUUGACCGUGGAGGAGUUGAACAAAGACCUGAGAAACCUCCAGAAGCAAACCAGAGAGACCAAGUACAGCAGCAUGAUGCAGCUCCUCCGCUUGGCACUCAGUGGGCAGCAGGUACAAACAAGAGCACGGGCCGAGCGUUGCCGAGAUGAUGGUGACUUUGGGAGCCAAGGAAGUGAGUGGCCGGAUCCACAGAGCGCUGUCCAGCUGAGUGGCCGGAUCCACAGAGCGCUGUCCAGCUGAGUGGCCGGAUCCACAGAGCACUGUCCAGCUGAGUGGCCGGAUCCACAGAGCACUGUCCAGCUGAGUGGCCGGAUCCACAGAGCACUGUCCAGCUGAGUGGCCGGAUCCACAGAGCACUGUCCAGCUGACGGGACCGCGGUGACACUGCCAGGCUGCUCUCGGAUGGCACAGGAGCACGUGCCAUUGUCCUCCACCUGUGGUUUUGAUCUCAGCACGAUUAUUUCUGAUCAGAUGAGCUAGGCUUUAGAUCAGGCAGGUGUCCAUGCUGUUUCCAGGUCUGUUUGUACCUGCACUAAGCACAAACCACUUUGUCUGGAAGAGAAACCAAAUCCAAAUUCAGCUGUGUCCUGCUGUCACCUUGUGCAUGGAGCCUGGUUUGUACAGGGAGCCUGGUUUCCAGGGUGGGAGAAAAAGACAUUUAUCAGCAUUUAAAUUCAGACCACGUGGACAGGAAGUAACUGCUGAUAGCAGCAGAUGAGUCUCUUUUUGGAGAUAGCUUCACAAUCAGGGUACCUACAGCUACGACAACACAGGUCCCCAGUAAAUGCUGUGUGGGGAAGGUAUUUUUAUAUAUAGAAAUAUAUAUAUAUUUGAGCUUCUGCCUUCUUAGCUGCCAUGGUGUCCUACCAAGCUAAGUGAGCUGCUUGGAGAAGGGAACUCUCCUCCCUGUGUACUGUGUCAUGUGCGUGGUUCUGCUAAAAAUAUCCCCGAUCCAGAGAUUGGAAUGUCUUUUCCUCUUUUGUCUGAUGCCCUUUUAAUUAUUAAAUUAAUGUGGUAACUUUU